CUGACACCUGAUUUCAUAAGUAAGAAUGGGUUCGCAAAUAUUAUUCAAAUCAACUCUUCUUCAUUCUGCCAAAAAAAAACUCUUUUCUUCAUCUUUCUCCAUACUCCAUAGAUUCAUUCCCAGCUUUAACAAGAUUUAGGUAUGGGCAUUUGCAUGGGGAGACCAGCUAAGCUUGCUCAUGCUUCUUCUUCUCUAUUUCCUGAUUCUAAGAUUUCUUGUGCUGACAGAGAGAAAAAGGGAACAAGUCAUUAUGAGAGUAUUCCGACUAGUAGUACUACUACCAAUCCAAACCUCUCUAUUAUGUCUUCUAACCUCAAAGCAUUCACAUUCAAUGACCUGAAAACCGCGACUAGGAACUUCCGUUUUGAUAGCCUUCUCGGGGAGGGGGGAUUUGGCCUUGUAUUCAAAGGGUGGAUAGAUGAGAAGACUUUUGCUCCCUGCAAGCCAGGAACCGGUAUGGUAGUGGCUGUCAAGAAACUUAAGCUUGAUAGCUUUCAAGGUCACAGAGAAUGGGUUGCAGAGGUUAACUUCUUGGGACAACUACACCACAAAAAUCUCGUGAAGUUGAUCGGGUAUUGCUCGGAGUGUGAAAAUAAACUCCUUGUUUAUGAAUUUAUGCCCAGAGGAAGCUUGGAAAAUCAUCUAUUCCGUAAAGGAGUCCAACCCAUGACUUGGGCAACACGAAUGCGCAUUGCGGUAGAUGUUGCAAGAGGGCUAUCCUUCUUACACAGUUUGGACACCAAUGUGAUCUACCGUGAUCUCAAGGCUUCUAACAUUCUUCUCGACUCGGACUUCAACGCAAGGCUGUCCGAUUUUGGGCUGGCGAGAGAUGGUCCUAGAGGUGAUAAAACUCAUGUUUCCACAAGGGUUAUAGGGACUCGGGCCUAUGCUGCACCUGAAUACAUGGCCACAGGACGCUUGACUUCGAAAAAUGACGU